AAAAAGGAAAAAAGAAAGGCAAUGGGACCUUUAGAGAAACCACUUUGCCUUUUUUCCUUAGUCCUGUUUGUUACACUCUUUUCUUCAACCAUUAAUGUUGCUUCUGCUUCUGCUGAAGAAACUAAUGCUCUCCUCACAUGCAAAGCCAAUCUGCAAAGUGCAAAUGAUUCCCUGCUAACUUCAUGGAUCCUUCCACCCCAUGAUAGUGGCUCAACAAAUGUCAGUCCCUGCAAUUGGUUUGGAGUUUCUUGCAACCUUGAUGGAAGCAUCAUUAGAUUGAACCUCACAAAUUCAAGUGUAAAUGGUACGCUCGAUAACUUUUCAUUUUCAUUGUUUCCCAAUCUUGCAUAUAUCAAGCUUAGCAACAAUAAAUUCUUUGGUGUCAUCCCACCUCUAAUUGGUUCCCUCUCCAAACUCAUCUAUCUUGAUUUGUCCACCAACCAGUUCUCAGGAAACAUCCCACCAGAAAUCGGCCUGUUAACAAAUCUUGACACUCUUCACCUAGUCGAAAAUCAAUUGAAUGGCUCAAUUCCUCAAGAGAUAGGCCAGUUAAAGUCUCUUACUGAGCUUGCUUUGUACACCAAUAGUCUUUCUGGACCCAUUCCCGCUUCUUUAGGAAAUUUGAGAAACUUGGUUCAUCUAUAUCUCUAUGAUAAUGAUCUUUCUGGUCCCAUCCCUCCCGCAAUGGGAAACCUUGUCAAUCUUGUCGAGCUUUACAUGGAUAGCAACAAUUUCACAGGCCUCAUCCCUUCCACUCUUGGAAACUUGACUAAGCUAACUGCGUUGCACCUGUUCAACAAUUACCUAUCCGGUUCCAUUCCACAAGAGAUAGGAAAGUUGAAAUCACUCCAGGACCUAAGCUUUGAAACCAACAAUCUUAAUGGCUCAAUUCCAACAUCUUUUGGUCAUUUGAGCUCCGUAACACUCCUACAUCUUUGGAAUAAUCAACUCUCUGGUUCAAUUCCUAAAGAACUAGGAAAUUUGAAGUUCCUCAAUGAUCUGGAAUUGAGCGAAAAUCAACUCAAUGGUCCUAUUCCUGCUUCAUUAGGCAAUUUGUCUAUGUUAGAAACUUUUUUCCUUCGUUCCAACCAACUUUCCGGUCCCAUUCCACAUGAAUUAGGCAAUUUGAAAAACUUGCUUAUACUAGAAAUGGAUAACAACCAGUUUUCUGGUAAUCUCCCAGAGCUUUGCCAAGGUGGUAAACUUACAAACUUCACUGUGAACCACAACCAUCUCAUAGGCACAAUUCCCCAAAGUUUGAAAAACUGUUCAAGCUUAGCCAGAGCUCGCUUUGAUGAAAACCAAUUCAUUGGAAAUAUAUCAGAAGAUUUGGGUGCUUAUCCAAACCUGGUCUACAUGGAUUUGAGUUAG